AUGUAUGCUGUGUCUACUAGUGAUAAGGGUGACUGUUACCUGUGUGUCCCGCCUGACCCGGGCAUUGAGGCUGCUGCUCUAGGUGCUGGUGAGGAUGCUGCUCUAGGUGCCAGUGCGUCUGCUGCCCUAGGUGCUGGUGCGUCUGCUCUCUCAGAUACCACGUCGGCUCAGGCAUGUCACACCUUCACCCUUGACUCGGGUGCUUCCCCCUCCUUCUUUCGAGAACGCACCACACUCACGCCACUUAGUCGGCCAGUGGCGGUCUCUCUGGCAGACCCCUCUGGGGGUCCUGUUCUUUCCCACUACUCCACUGUCCUACCAUGUCCGGCGGCCCCUUCUGGCACCCUGUCAGGUCUUUACCUCCCCUCGUUCUCUACGAACUUGGUAGCUGCGUCGGGUCAGGUGUUUACUGCCGCGUCUAGUUCUGGCCCUGAUUCUGCCCCCUGCUCAUGUCGCCUCCUGUCUCACCAGACUCUCCUCUAG